UGUUGAAGGAAAAAAUCUGGACAAAAAUGCUGCUUGGGGUGGGGGUUGUGAAUUCCAGGCAUAGCAACAUCCUUUUAAGAUAUUUUUCCAGUUCCUACUAUUUCUAUCUUUUGUGUACAGGUGGGUUUAAUAAAGAAAAGAACUGGGAUCAAAUAUCUCACAAGGCCCUUUUUGUCUUUACUUCAUCUAUUUAAGCUUUUUACAGAAGCACUCUUCCAAGAUACCUCUGACAUUUCUCACCAUGCACAAAGCACAAAUUACAGCUUUAAUACACAUAGACACUGGAUUGCAGUGUGAAGCAUGUGAGUGACUAGCCUUUCCCUCUUACACAUGUUUAUGGCAGAUAAAUAAAACCUUUAAAAAACAGCUGAUUGUAUCUUUUAAUGGAAAAUAGGAAGUUGAAAAUCAGAACUUUAGUCACUGAAGCUUCAUUCAUGUCCUUUAUCUGCUCGUACUAAGCCUGUAGUGCAUGUGCGCUUGGCCCGGCAGCGCGCCAUCGAGAGGUGGAGGAGAGUGUGAGCGAGUAUAAAAGCCUCCCGUAUGAGGAUGCUGUCAGCAUCACCGAAAGAAGAGGCGGCUGCAUUACUACAUACUUCAGCAUGGACGCUCCUAAGUAAACUGACAUGGAUUAAUCACCUUUUUAUUGUUCUUUACAUAUUUCUUUCCGCUUAUAAAAGCAGUAACAUGCGAGCAGAGACGCGUUUAAGUUUACAAAUACUCGGAUGAUUUACGCAACUCCGGACCUCCCGCAGAGACUUUGAACAAGACUACACACAGGACGAGGACGAUGGGGAUUUUUGCAUCCAAAUCUGCGCACCAGCACUCUGGAAGUUAGCCUAAAAAAAGGAGGUGAAACACUGGGAAGUUGUUUUUUUUUUAAAUAUAAAGAAAGUCGCCUUUUCUUCACCCUCUGCAGUCAUGCAGAGUAACAGCACCUCCUCUGGAUCAUUAACCGCUUUGAGCGUGUGCGGAGGAGAGGAGGAUGAACAUGAAAUCUUUAAACUUGUCAGCCCCACAGAGGCAGCUUCCAACCUCGCUGCGUUUAAUCUUUCAUUGAACUGCUGGCUUCACAUCCUCUCCAAGGAGUCCUCAUUGGAUCUGCAUGGAGACAGCGCAAAUCUGGCAGUGCGAGUUCUCAUUGCCACGGUGUACCUGGUGGUGUGUGUUCUGGGGCUUGUGGGUAACCUCCUGGCGCUCUUCCUGCUCCACUCCCGCCGCAGAGGCCACCACCACUCUUCCAUCGACUGCUUUGUGAUGAGCCUGGCGCUGACAGACCUCCAGUUUGUGCUCACCUUGCCCUUCUGGGCUGUGGACACGGUGCUGGACUUUCGUUGGCCCUUUGGCCGGGUCAUGUGCAAGAUUGUGAGCUCUGUCACCACCCUGAACAUGUACGCCAGCGUCUUCUUCCUCACCGCCAUGAGUGUGACCCGCUACCGCUCCCUGGUCACCUCUUUGAAGAUGGACUGCCCUAGAAACGACACUACUCGUGCCAAAUGGGCCAGUUUAGCCAUCUGGGUGGUGUCACUUGUGGCUACACUGCCUCAUGCUUUCUACUCCACCACAGUCCAGGUGUCUGCAGAUGACGAGCUGUGCUUAGUGCGGUUCUCUGACUCUGAUUCAGACCACUGGGAUCCUCAAGUCCUGCUUGGACUCUAUCAAACACAGAAAGUCCUCCUGGGAUUUGUAGUUCCACUGAUUGUCAUCUCUGUGUGCUACCUCCUCCUCCUGAGGUUCAUCCUGAGCCGGCGGAUCGUAGGCAGCAUGGUCAGCGCAAAUGUCACAGAGAGGUCAGAGUCUGAGAGAGGACGCCACCGCCGACGCUCCAAAGUCACCCGCUCCGUCACCAUCGUGGUUCUGUCCUUUUUCAUCUGCUGGCUGCCCAACCAGGCUCUGACCCUUUGGGGGGUGCUAAUCAAAUUUGACUUGGUGCCCUUCAGCAAAGCCUUCUACAACGCCCAGGCCUACGCCUUCCCCCUGACUGUGUGUUUAGCUCAUGCAAACAGCUGUCUCAACCCGGUGCUUUACUGCCUGAUCCGAAAAGAGUACAGAGCUGGACUGAAGGCGCUUCUGCUGAGAGUGUCUCACUCCGUCCGAAAUGUUCUUACUCUGGCUCUGAGAGGGAGAAGAGUGGAGGAAGCACCACCCAGCCUGGUCAUGAUACACAAAGACAUCAAUAUGUAAUUUACUCUGUAAAUGGAAAAGUUUGACAUUUUGGGAAAUGCAGUUAUUUGCUUUUUUGCCAAGAGUUUGAUGAGAGCACUCUCAAGUUUGGAUGUAAUAUGCUGCAGCCAGGUUAGCUUGGCUCAGCACAACAACUAUAAGCAGGGGUAAACAGCUGGUCAUGGUUAUGUCUAAACAUAAUUCAAUCUGCCUACGAUCACAUGUAAAGCUCCCAAUUAGCAGUUGUAAAAAAUAACAAGGGGUUAUGUAUGGGAUAAUUUCUUGGAUCUGAGUAGUAACUUCCUAGAGUUGGUUGGUUUUAGUACAACAGAUCCAGACUAACUCUGUCCAUUUCCAAUUACAGACUUGAGAGCAGUAUUGAUAUUGAUUGCCUCAACUCUUGGCAAUUUGGCACAUUUCACAAAGUCUCAAAUAUUUUCUUUAAUAUUAAAGGAAAUGCUCCUUUAUGAGUCAACUGUGUGCCGUAUUUUCUUUGGUGCCAUUUUUUUUUCCCUACCACUUUCAUCUGCGACACGGCCAUCCCUCAAAAUGUAUUUCAUCUCCUUUGGACACACAAACCCGAACAGCUAUGUUUUAGCAUGUGAAGAGCCUGAUUGCCAAAAAUAUUCCACUGUGGAAAUAAUCUCCUGGGUGAAUUACAAGUAUGUUUAAGAAAAUCAGUCAAACCCUUGAAUACCCUCUGGGCUGAUUGUUUUUUUUCCUCGCACAAUCAAGCAAAAUACAGUGUGAUGUUUAAACAGUCAAAGCUGUAAAGUGAUUUUUGUACUCUGUAUCUGACAGACUCACACAGGCAAUCAUCAGGACUGUGUGAUUGUUACUCGUUAGGGUUGAUGUGUUAUUGAUGUGUUAUUGUUGCUAACUCAGUCAGGAGACUAGAAGUUCCCGGACAUCCCUCCUCAUAUGCAGUAAAACAACCAAGAUAUCUAUCAUUAAAUGUAGGCAGUGUUUGAUGCUAGCAUGAAACCAUUUUCAUGUCUCUCGGUGUCUGCCUUGCUGUACUGCUGUGAAUUUGUUUCGUGAAUACACGUAUGUAAUGUGACAUUAAAUAAACGAGAGGACAAAAGAG